CCCACUAACUUCAGGCAGGGAGGCAAAGAGUGGACUAACAAGGCAAAGCGGAUCCCUUGGGGAGCCCGCAGACAAAUGAACGCAUUAGCUCUGGAGAACUUGCCAUCCUGUUUCCAAAGUGCCCAGAAUUCUCUUGAAUGCCGCUCCCAGACAAACCUUGCUCUGGGCCAGGCUGAGUCAGGCAUGAGAAGAAGGAAGUAGGGCUGCACCGAGGAGGGAUUGCCCCUGGCACAGACACCACAGAGACAUUCUCGAGUUUAUUGUCUCUGAAUAGAGGAAGUGGGCACCCAAAAAGGUGAACGGAUUGGCCCAAGGUCACCCAGGAGUCUACAGUGCAGGGAGGGCUCCCUGUCCCCAGCGAAUGGGUACGAUUCUGGUCAGGGACGCACAUGCUGGUCCCCUUAAAGGUGUGGGAUCUGUGCAGCGUCUGCGCCCACUCCCCUGUGCGCCCCUCUGCACAGGUGGCGCCCCGUGCCCUGUGGGGGCGGCAGCGAGCAGGACCGCAGGGACGCUCAGGCUGGGGACUGUGGAGCCCACGAAGCCGGCUCUGCUAGGGGGAGAAGGAUGCUCUGCAUGCCCAGGAUCCUGCGGGCACUGAAAAUCAACACACUCAUGCCCAUUUCCUGUAAUGGACAAACUUGAUGCUAAUGUGAGUUCCAAGGAGGGUUUCCAGUCCGUGAAGAAGGUCACGCUGCUAACAUUCCUCUCAGUGGUUAUCCUGAUGGCCAUCCUGGGCAACCUGCUGGUGAUGGUGGCUGUGUGCAGGGACAGGCAGCUCAGGAAAAUAAAAACCAAUUAUUUUAUUGUGUCCCUUGCCUUUGCUGAUCUGCUGGUUUCGGUGCUGGUGAUGCCCUUUGGUGCCAUUGAGCUGGUUCAAGACACCUUGAUUUAUGAGCGUACGUUUUGCCUGGUCCGGACCUCUCUGGAUGUCCUACUCACAACAGCAUCGAUUUUUCACCUGUGCUGCAUCUCACUGGAUAGGUAUUAUGCCAUCUGCUGCCAACCUUUGGUUUAUAGAAGCAAGAUGACCCCUGUCCGCAUCGCACUAAUGUUGGGAGGCUGCUGGUCCAUUCCCAUGUUUAUAUCUUUUCUCCCCAUCAUGCAAGGCUGGAACAAAAUUGGCAUUGAUGAUGCGAUAAGGAAAAGGGAACUCAACCACAACUCUAACGAUACAUGUGUCUUCAUGGUCAACAAGCCCUACGCCAUCACCUGCUCCGUGGUGGCCUUCUACAUCCCGUUUCUCCUCAUGGUGCUGGCCUAUUACCGCAUCUAUGUCACGGCUAAGGAGCAUGCCCAGCAGAUCCAGAUGUUACAACGAGCAGGAACCACCCCUGAAAGCAGACCCCAGCCAGCUGACCAGCACAGCACACAUCGCAUGCGGACAGAGACCAAGGCAGCCAAGACUUUAUGCAUCAUCAUGGGCUGCUUCUGUUUCUGCUGGGCUCCCUUCUUUGUCACCAAUGUUGUGGACCCUUUCAUAGACUACACUGUCCCUGAGCAGGUGUGGACUGCUUUCCUCUGGCUUGGCUAUAUCAAUUCAGGGUUGAACCCUUUUCUCUAUGCCUUCCUGAAUAAGUCUUUUAGACGUGCCUUCCUCGUCAUCCUCUGCUGUGAUGAUGAACGCUACAGGAGACCCUCCAUUCUGGGCCAGACUGUCCCAUGUUCAACCACAACCAUUAAUGGAUCCACACAUGUGCUAAGGGAUGCAGUGGAAUGUGGUGGCCAGUGGGAGAGUCGGUGCCCCCUCACAGCGGCUUCUCCUUUGGUGGCUUCUCAGCCCAGUGAUACUUAGGCCCUUGGGACAAUGACCUAGAAGACAGCUGUGGCUCGAAAAGAGGCCAGUCCUAAGCGGCUGCUUAUGAGCGUGGGGCUGCUCCCGGCACUCUUCUCCGAGGCCUUCCAACAGCAUGCAGCAACACGCCUCGGACUUUUCCACCGGGAUUCCAGCAGGUGGCGUUUGAGGGAGUCAGAGAGGGAAGGGCGUCCUUCUUCGUUUUUUUUUUUUUUUUUUUCAUUUCUCAACAUUUCCCCUUCCUGGAGUCUCCACUCUUGCUUAAUGGUCUCUGAAGUUCGUGACCUAAUCCCCUUGCUGUUCCCAGUCUGUCUCACAAGCAUUCACUGUGUUCUAUUUUCAGUUUCCAAAUACGCCUUCUUUGAAGUGUCUUCUCACAGAUCCUGUCAAAACACGUGCCUGUCUUGGUGAUAGUUCCUGCUUGGUCACAUCUACCGUAGCUGUGUUCAAACUCUCCACUAUCCUUCCUUUGCCCUCUUUUGUGCUGGGCACUUGUACACUCUCUUUCUUGUGUCUAGGUGUUGGUAUGUAUCCUCUUGACCAACCCCAUGUCAGUCACUGAGCUCUGCCUUCUUUUUUCUGUGUUCGGUGUCAAUGUUCUGUUCAGGACAGGCUCGAUUCAUUUGCCACUGGAGACACAGACUAGAGAUCUGUCCGUGGAAAAUGGUCUCUUCAUGAACCCUAGAGGGAAGUCAAAGACUGUUUUCUUCAGUACCAGGAUCAGAUCUGUCUCAUCUGAGAUAUUUACUUUCCUGUCAGCUAGGAGAGAACACCUAAAGAGUCUUAGGUAGGGCUGGUGGCAUUAUGGGUGUCUAUUAAGAAAUGCUGGCAUUUUUUCUAUGAGCUGUGGUCAAAACCUCUGAAUAUGGCUUCGCUGCUUACAGUGGACAGAACUGACAGAAGUUCACCCUGUGGGGCCUUGUUCCCCUUGCUAUCUUUAGAUGGAGAAGUCCAGAGUCCAGGCAUACUUAGGAAUGAGAACAACAGUAUCUGACUCCUGGUCAGAGGACGCAGAUGCCAGCCCUGGCUCUGCUUCUAAAAUGCUGUGAGACCAUGAACAAUUGCCUUUCCCUCCAUGAAACUCACUUUCUACAUUGCAAAAUGAAGCUUGGAGUAGGGGGGCCUUUAAGAUUUCUUUCCAUUUCUUGGACAAUAGGAUGCUGCUAUAGCCAGCCAUCUGCUACCUCGAAAACUCAUGGCCUGCCUACCUUUUGGGUUUGUUUCAAAGGAACUGCCCUUCUGAUUUGAGCCUUCUAGACUUCUGACUCGGUCAGCUAUGCUCUUACAGUUAACCCGGUGUCUUUCAUUCAAAGCAGAGUCCGUGGUUCGUCCCAAAUACCCCAGAGCAAAGGUCUCAGUGAGGGAAGGGCACCUUCCCAGAGCCGGGUGAUGUUUUAGCUUUCAUCUUGGCUGUAGUUUGAUUCCACCUCAGGACUAUUAACUGCACUCUUCUUUUGAGUUGUUCAUGAAGUACCAUUCCUGUCUGUAUUGCCUUUAGUUCUGAAAUUGAACUUGGCAGAAAAGAGACUUUGAAAUGAGGGAGAGAAGAUUGCCAAAAAAAAUAAAAAAUAAAAAAAUUCAAAUACCAAAAAGAAUUAUCUGUUACAUGAAGACUUAGUUUUCUUGAGCACAAGUCAUGCCUUAGCAAAAGGAAGUAGACCCUGAGAGAGAACCCCUAAAUGCUACUGAGAAAAAAAAAAUGCUCCAUGCUAAGAAAUAUCGAGUGCUGAGAUGGUUCAUGCCAAGACUGAUCCAGUGGAGCAGUUCCAAAUGGAGGCAUCUUCUUGUCAAUCAUGAAGAGAGUGGAAGCUUUGACUUGCACGCUGACUCUGUAGCUGGAUCAGUCUGCCUUGAAUUUGUAAGCCCUUACUCCCUGGCUAUCACUAGGCUCAGCAUUCAUUUGGAGGCAAGCAUCAUUUUGAGGUUGAUUGGUUUCUCAUACAAAGGAUGAGAUGCAGCCAACCUGUCUUGGAUGGCCAUCUACCCACCCCUUCCAUGGUCAUGGUGGUAAGAAAGUGUCGCACACACCGAGUCAAUGACUGACAUUCUGAGUGGAUGGAACUGAAAGCUGGAUGAUUUGGGCCUCAGAAUAUCUUCUGCUUACUUCAUAACAGUUGAUUUGGAGACAAAUGAUACUUAUGGAAACAUUCUGUAAAAACCAUAAAAUGGCAGCGUGCUUGUUAUUAUUAUGGGUAUUUUGAAUUACUGUAGAUGUGCUUGAGCUCUCAGGAGCUAAGCCUUUUUUCCACUAAGAAAUGAGAUCAGUUUAGAAUGAGCUUUCAGUGUUGGAAACAAAACCCAAGAGCAGCCUUUGGGUGCCAACACACCCUAAUCUACCCCUCCUCAUUCAGUCACUCCAGGUUGCUCAGCACACUCUAUUUAAAGGGACUUCUUUGUUCUCAAAGACGUGAAUAGAGAAAAAGACUAUGGGCAAAUUUUGAUAAGAAUGGCUCUAAUUCUAUAUGUAACGUCAUAGUCUCAUGAGCUAAGCUCAUAUACCUGUUUUUCAUGUAAAAAUAUCUGGAGAAAAAAGCUCCCUGUCCAUAAAAUUAAUUCCCACCUUAUAAAUUAUAUAUACAUACAUACAUGUAUAUAUGUAAUUUAUGCAUUAAAAAAUUAAAUGUGGUCUGAUCUAUGAAUGACCAGCUGACAAGAAUGUUACAUAAAGGGUCACUAAGUUACUGAACCAGAAUAAACUUUCACAUUUCCUGAAAUAAUGAUAGUUUAUGUAAGCAGCUGUUGAUUACAGCAUACUUCCAUUUUAUUUGAUAUCUUAAUUUUGUUUACAUUUUUUCCAAGUAUUGUUACAUAUGGGGCCACAUGUACAGUUUAUAACUGCACUGAGGACCCUAGUGUAAUGAAUACAGUACAUACAUGUGUGCCUGUUGUAGAGAACAUGAAGCUUAAAUCUCACAAUUUUAGAGGGUAUCAAGUUCUGACAGUGGUGUUAUCUUAGGUUUCAUGAGCUUGUUGAUUACAUCUGUGGUUUAUUUGAAGCUAAUAUUUUUAAGGUAUUAAGAGCCCUGAUUAUAACCUUGUUUCCAUGAGAAGCUUCUUUGGUUUUAUGCUAGAUUACUUUUUAUGCAGUUUCCAAGAAUAUGUUCUUGGAAAAGGCAGGGACCUGCCCAGGUUUUUUAAAAUUGAUUAAUUAUAUUUAUUGACAAAAUAUUGACGUAUUACACAUGUUUAUAUGAUUUCAUCUGUACAUGUUUAAAUAAAAUAUACAUUAAAGUAAAUCUUAAGUCCCAAAAUAAAUAAGUGAGUUUUGAUUAUGCAAUAAAAUGCCAAAGUCAACCCGUGUGUGUCAGUAACUGUGGAGCAUCUGUUUAACCCUCAGCCAGGGCAUUCCCUAGAAGCUACAGUCAAAUGGAUCUGGAAAUUUACUGUCUUCAAUAUCAGUUCUUCUUAAAAUAAAUCCCAAAGCCUGGGCUCUUAAGUAAUGUGAAUCUACCUGCCUGCCUGCCAUCUUUAUUAAGCCCUCAAGCACUGGGAUAGAUCUCUCUGACAUGGUUGGUCAUCCUGUGGCCAUAGUGUGGGGAUACAGCUCAUACACACUAAAGAUAUAAACUAUAGGGAGUCUUUCACAGCAGUGUGAUCAGGACAUAUGCUCACAUCCUGGAUUGAAAUUAUUAAGCAUGUGCCUCCUUGCUUAGAGCAUUUUUUUAAUAUAAAAAAUCACCUUGGG